GGGGCGCGGGGCGCGGGGAGGUGGCCCAAAAGCCGGUGCGUCUGUGCUCAGCACUCCGCUUCGCAGACCCGGGAGGAUGAGGCUCGCCGUCCGCGCUCUGCUAGCCUGCGCGGUCCUGGGGCUGUGUCUGGCUGUCUCAGAGAAAACUGUGAGGUGGUGCACCGUUUCAAGUCAUGAGGCCAAUAAGUGCUCCAGUUUCCGUGAAAAUAUGAAUAAAGUCCUCACUGAUACUGGUCCUUUUGUCUCCUGUGUGAAGAAGACCUCCUACAUCGAUUGCAUCAAGGCCAUCAUGGAUAACGAAGCAGAUGCUGUGACGUUGGAUGGUGGUUUGGUGUUUGAGGCAGGCCUGAAGCCCUACAACCUGAAGCCUGUAGUGGCAGAGUUCUACGGCCCAAAAGAUAACCCGCAAACUCAGUAUUACGCUGUGGCCGUGGUGAAGAAGGGCACUGAGUUCGGUCUGAAAGAGCUCAAAGGCAAGAAGUCCUGCCACACAGGCCUCGGCAGAUCUGCUGGGUGGAAUAUCCCCAUGGGCUUACUUUACUGGGACUUGCCUGAGCCACAUGAAUCUCUUCAGAGAGCAGCGGCCAGUUUCUUCGCGAGCAGCUGCGUCCCCUGUGUGGAUCAGUCGUCCUUCCCCAAACUGUGCCAACUGUGUGCGGGGAAAGGGACGGACAAGUGCGCCUGCUCCAACCAUGAACCGUACUUCGGCUACUCAGGGGCCUUCAAGUGUCUGAUGGAGGACGCUGGGGAAGUGGCCUUUGUCAAGCACACCACGGUAUUUGAGAACCUGCCUAACGAGGCUGACAGGGACGAGUAUGAGCUGCUCUGCAGGGACAACACCCGGAGGCCUGUGGACGAGUACGAGAGGUGCUACCUCGCCCGGGUCCCUUCCCAUGCCGUCGUGGCCCGAAGCAUGGGCGGCAAGGAGGACUUGAUCUGGGAGCUUCUUAACCAGGCCCAGGAACACUUUGGCAGAGAUACCUCUGAAAGCUUCCAGCUCUUCAGCUCCCCUCAUGGGAAGGACCUGCUGUUUAAGGACUCUGCCAAUGGGUUUUUAAAGAUUCCUCCUAAGAUGGACUCCUGGCUCUACCUGGGAUAUGAGUAUGUCACCGCUCUCCGGAAUCUAAGAGAAGAUACACGCCCGAUCGCCUCAAAGGGUGAAUGCAAGAAGGUGAAGUGGUGUGCAGUGCACCACCUGGAGAAGGUCAGGUGUGAUAUGUGGAGUGUGAACAGUGACGGGGAAAUAGAGUGUGAAUCAGCAGACAGCACUGAAGAAUGCAUCGCCAAGAUAAUGAAAGGAGAAGCUGAUGCCAUGAGCUUGGAUGGAGGCUACAUCUACAUAGCAGGCAAAUGUGGUCUGGUACCUGUCCUGGCAGAGAACUACAAAAGUGAGGGCCAACAUUGUAAAACCACACCAGAGGAAGGGUACUUUGCUGUGGCUGUGGUUAAGAAAUCAGAUGCUGAUCUCAACUGGAACAAUCUGAAAGGCAGGAAGUCCUGCCACACUGCAGUAGACAGAACUGCUGGUUGGAACAUCCCCAUGGGUCUGCUCUACAAUAAUAUUAAACACUGUGAAUUUGAUAAAUUUUUCAGUGAAGGCUGUGCUCCUGGGUCUCUGCGAAAUUCCAGUCUCUGUGCUCUGUGCAUUGGCUCAGAAGGUGUUCCGGGAAGGGAGUGUCUUCCCAACAACCAUGAGAGAUACUAUGGCUAUUCAGGGGCUUUCAGGUGUCUGGUUGAGAAGGGAGACGUGGCCUUUGUGAAGGACCAGACUGUCAAAGAGAACACUGGUGAAAACCCUGAAGAGUGGGCAAAAACACUGCAGGAGAAAGAUUUUGAGCUGCUAUGCACCGAUGGAAACAGGAAGUCUGUGGAUAAGGCUAAAGAUUGCCACCUGGCCCGAGCCCCGAAUCAUGCUGUGGUCUCACGGGAAGAUAAGGCAGCUUGUGUUCGCAGAAUAUUAAACAGACAGCAGGAUCAAUUUGGAAACAAUGGAACUAACUGCCCGAGCAGUUUUUGUUUGUUCCACUCAGAAAACAAGGACCUUCUGUUCAGGAGUGACACUAAAUGUUUGGCUGAACUUCCGAACGCAACAACGUAUGAAACCUACUUAGGAACUGAGUAUGUCACAGCUGUGGCUAACCUGAGACAAUGCUCAACCUCAAAACUCCUGGAAGCCUGCAGUUUCCACAGAGGUUAAAAUCCAAGAGUGGGGCCACCACCUGAUGGAGAUGGGAGCUCACCGGACCCAUAAGCUUCCCCUGGUUUUGCUGGUCUGAGUGGUUUGGUUGCCUUCAGUUUGGUGGUGGCACCUCUGCGGGACAAAAUAAAAAUUAUUAUUGGUUUUAUCUUUUAAAAA